CGAUCCUUUCAAUUUAUUUAUUUAUUUCCUUAUUUAUAUUGAUCGCGUUGCUCUUUUUCAGUACGUCAUCAUCGUCUCGUCACCUGUGGUGACGUCCACACUCUGCGCCCUCUCUCGCACGUGGAAUGGAGGGCGGAUGGGGACGCGGCCCCGGGCCCGGCCCGGCUUUAGCUCUCAAGGGAACGUUGAUGGCUGUCGGAGGUGGGAGCCGGCUGAUGGCGGUGCGGAGAGGGGAGCACAGGGAUGAUGCUCUCUUUGUGUAUGACUGUGCCAAUGUGGAAAAGAAGGCCUCAGGAAAUAAAGGACAGGAUGGACAACCAGCAGACAAAGGGAGCGAUAACAUCCUCGCUUUUGCCUUCUCCCCAUCAGGAGAUUAUUUGGUCUUGUCAGAUGACAACAAACACCUGAUUCUGUUUCGGACUAAGCCCUCGUGGGAGUGCAUUAGCAUCAGGUCUGUGAACAGGAGAUGCACUUCACUCGUUAUUACAGCUGCAGAGGAUAAGAUUCUGGUGGCAGACAAAUCUGGCGAUGUCUAUUCAUACUCAAUAACAGAACCAGAAGGAGAAGGCAAGUUUGAACUGGGUCACUUGUCCAUGCUGCUGGAUGCGGCACUGAGUCCGGAUGACCGGUAUAUCCUGACUGCAGAUAGAGAUGAGAAGAUCAGAGUUAGUUUGACUAAGGCUCCUUACAACAUUGUAUCUUACUGCCUGGGACAUGAAGAGUUUGUAAGCAGAAUAUUUGUAGUACCCAACUAUCCUGAUCUUCUGUUGUCAGCUUCUGGGGAUUGCACUCUAAGACUUUGGAAGUAUGAAACUGGGGAAGAGGUAUACUGCUGUCAGCUAAGCAGCGUCUGUGGGCCUGAGCCAACCAAAACGGACCAGAAAUACAUUGUCUCAAGAAUAGCCUACUGCUGUCAAGGAAAUUAUGUUGCCAUACUGUGUGACUGUAUUCCCACAGUCUACAUCUUUCAGCUUGAUGCCGUUGCCCAGCAGCUCGUUUACAGAGAGCAAAUCUCUUUGAAGCAUAAAUGUUGGGACAUUGCAUUUGAGGAAACUGGAGAAAUCUGGACUCUGCAGGAAGACAGUGAAGCCCCUCUUCAGUUAUACAGGCCAUGUGAUGGACAGUGGAAGUCUGUAACUGACAGUGAAGGACUGCAGAAGAUGUCUAAGUGUCUUCUUGACAACUGGACGGCAUUUGAAGGGUUUGUUGGUGCAGAGAGCCACUACAGCGGUCUCUACAAGGCUUCAUUUGAUAACAUGGCCGUCUACCUAAAGAGGAAGGAGGAGAGGAUACAAAAGCAGAAAAAGAAAAGGCAGAAUGUGCAACAUGAUGCUAAUGGACAAACCAAAAAGAUCAAAGCAGAAGAAUCAUCAUUAUGACACUUCUUCUUGUUGGCUUGUAACUUUUGCCUUGUUGAAAGGGACUGAUUGGGCUGUAGACUGUUUUUAAAUGGAAAAGGAUUAAUGGAAGAAGAUUUGUUUAAACUCAGAUUCAGGUUUUCAGGCAGCCCACUGUGGCAAUAUCCCGCUUGCAGCAGAUAUUUUAUGUACCCUAUGUCUAAGCUUCUAAGAGCAUAAUAGUGUCAGCAGUUCAGUCCUAGGGAUCUCGGAUGCAUGACAUUUGAUUACUGGUUGUUUUCCUUGAAGCAGGAUUUUCCUUUUGCCUACUGUGUUCAGGCUUACAUCUUCAGGUGGAAGUGCAUGGAUUAAAAUUGACAUCAUAUAUAUAUUUUAAAUUGUGUUAGUUAAUGUAACUAACACAGCAUAACUGGCUAUGGGAAAGGAGCUAUAGCUAAAUUCUUGCUGUCUGUCAAGGCAGCUUUUUACCCUUUAUCUUCCUUUUAAUACAGUAAGACGUCUGUCUGGCUUCAGUUCAGCGCUUCUCUUUGGAGAAAGGAGUACAGAAAUAGGUUUUAUACACUGAAAAGUAAAAGUGAAAAGUGUCAGUCAACUUUAAGCUAUUGGAAGAUCUUUCUACUGCAGUAUGUUCCCAGUCUGCGUGCAUAAAGAUGAUUUGAAAGGCCUGUGAGCAGUGCUUGCGAGCGUGUUCUGCUUCAUUCAGCAAGAACUCUUUCAUGUUGCAAUUAGUCGGGAGAUGCAUCUUUUUGAGAAGUGAUCAGCGAGAGCCUUCUGGGGUCAAUUGCUGCUUCACCACAGGGCAGAAAAUACGUGUUCAUCUACCAGAUGGCAUCCUGGCUGUAUGAAAUAUCAUAUACUUGAGCUGAGACUGUAAAAUCCAGGUGUUGAAAUCUGUACAGUUCAUUAAAGAUACUCAGCCUUUGAGUCAUAA